AACUUGAGACUUUAUUCCACAAUGUGAAAGGCUUGGAGAAGAGAUGACAGGAUAGGACACCAUACAGUAUUCUCGUCAUGGAUAGUGGUGAACGUUUCCCAACCAACAACAUGGAUACCAAACCGUGUCACAUGUUUUGCUCUAUUUAUAAUGAGCUGAGAGUGGAUGGCAAGUUAUGUGAUGUCUUCAUCCAAGCCAGCGGGGUUGAGUUUAAAGCUCACAAGAUCAUACUAUGUGGCUGCAGCCCAUACUUUAGAGUAUUGUUCACAAGUAAUUGGAACAACAGUGAACAGAAAAUAUAUGAAAUCCCUGGCGUGUCUCCAGACACCAUGGAAAUGAUUCUAGAGUAUGCCUAUACCUUGAAGGUCCGAAUCAACAUGGACAAUGUGUUAAAUCUCAUUAUUGCGGCAGACUACCUGAACAUUGUAGACCUUGUAGAAAUUUGCUCUAACUUCCUGAUGAACCAACUCUGCCCGCAAAACAGUAUCGGCAUCUACAAGUUCACUGACUAUUAUUAUUGCCCCGACCUCCACCAGAAGACAUGUAUGUACAUCUUGCAUCAUUUUGAAGAUAUAAUGAAGACCUCAGAUGAAUUCCUUGACCUUUCACCUUCAGAUCUUAAAAGUCUUAUAGAAAAAGAAGAGCUGAAUGUUAAACAGGAGGAAAUUGUAUUUGAAGCCAUUAUAAAGUGGAUCAAUCAUAACCCAGCAAGCCGGAAUCAGUAUAUCUCACUUCUUCUCCCAGAGGUUCGCUUUGCCUUUAUGCAUCAUGACUACUUUAACAACAUUGUCAAAACCACCAACUAUGUUAGGGAUGAUAAAAAGUGUAAACCUAUCCUUCAAAAUGCCUUCAGAGCUCUACAUGACCUGACUAUGGAUGGCUUCCCAAAUUUUGAAUUUGAAAACCUUAUGAGCACACCCCGCAUUCCUUAUUCUGUCUUGUUAGCUACUGGAGGCUGGAGUGGAGGAGGCCCAACCAAUGCUAUUGAGUCAUAUGAUGCGCGUGCUGACAGAUGGUUCAACGUUACAUCUGAAACGGAGAAUCCGAGAGCUUAUCAUGGAGCAGUAUACUUAAAGGGCUACGUCUACAUCAUUGGUGGAUUUGACAGCGUGGAAUAUUUUAACAACGUAAAACGUUUCAACCCAGUCCUAAAGACAUGGCAGGAGGUAGCACCUAUGUACUCAAAAAGAUGUUACGUCAGCGUCACCAUCCUGAAUGAAAAUAUCUAUGCGAUGGGAGGCUUUGAUGGCUAUUUUCGUCUAAACACUGCUGAACGAUAUGAGCCAGAAACCAACCAAUGGAGUUUGAUUGCCCCUAUGAAUGAGCAGCGGAGUGAUGCUAGUGCCACCACACUUAAUAACAAGAUAUAUAUAUGUGGAGGAUUCAAUGGAAAUGAAUGUUUAUUCACUGCCGAGAUGUACAACCCUGCUACAAAACAAUGGAAUAUGAUCACUCCAAUGAUGACCAGGCGUAGUGGAGUGGGAGUUAUUGCCUAUGAAGAAAAAGUGUAUGUGGUGGGAGGUUUUGAUGGAACUAAUCGUCUCAGUAGUGCUGAGACAUACAACCCAGAUGACGACACUUGGCGUGUGGUACCUUCCAUGUACACAGCACGAAGCAACUUUGGAAUUGAGGUUUUAGAUGAUUUUCUUUUUGUCAUCGGAGGAUUCAAUGGAUUCACCACCACAAUGGAUGUGGAAUGCUAUGAUGAAAUUACAAAUGAAUGGUAUGAAAUUUAUGGCAUGAGUAUCAACCGCAGUGCCUUAAGUUGCUGUGUAGUAUCUGGCCUCCCCAACAUCAGAGACUACAUACCCUGCCGCAAUCCUCCUUCUAGAGAUGAGGUCAGAGCUUCCUCCUCUUCAAGUUCUCUGCCAUCCUUACACCAGAUCAGCCAAUAAUAAAAGUUCCAUAGACAAUACUGAAAUAGAUUUCUUACUACAGU